AUGACAAAAGCUGUUCAUUCAACUAAAGGAGAUAAAUAUGUAACAGCAACUUUAAAUCCUAAAGAACGUCCAAAUCGUCUAAUGGUUGAUGAUCCUACUAAUGACGAUAACAGUGUGAUUGCAUUAUCACAGCAAAAAAUGGAUGAAUUAGAAUUAUUUGAUGGUGAUGCCGUUCUAUUGAAAGGUAAAAAGCGCUGUGAAACAAUUUGUAUUGUCCUUGCUGAUGAUACUUGUCCAAAUGAUCACAUCCGAAUGAAUCGUGUUGUACAAAAUAAUUUGCGUGUUUGUUCCAGUGAUAUUGUUUCCAUUGAAGUUUGUCAAGAUAUUAAACGUGGUAAACGUAUAUAUGUUUUACCUAUUGAUGAUAGCGUUCAAGGAAUAGCAGGAAAUUUAUUGGAAGUCUAUUUAAAACCUUAUUUUGUUGGAGCUUAUCGUCCAAUAAAGACAGGUGAUGUUUUUGUUGCCCGUGCCACUAUGCGGACUGUAGAAUUCAAAGUAAUUGAAACUGAUCCAAGUCCAUAUUGUAUUGUUGCACCUGAUACUGUUAUACAUUGUGAAGGUGAUCCAAUCAAACGUGAAGAAGAAGAAGUAUCAUUAAGUGCAAUUGAUUAUGAUGAUGUCGGUGGUUUAGAGAAUGUUAAACAAGAAAUACAAGAAGUUCUACAAUAUUCUGUUGAACAUCCCGAAAAAAUCCUCAAAUUUGGUAUGACACCAACACGUGCUGUUCUCUUUUAUGGACCACCUGGUUGUGGUAAAACUUUGUUAGCAGAAGCUAUAGCUAAUGAAUAUCAAAUGAAUUUUAUUCGGAUUUCAGGUCCAGAAUUAUUAACAAUGUGGUUUAGUGGAUCGGAAGCUAAAGUACGUGAUACUUUCGGUAAAACUCGUCAAGUUGCACCAUGUGUACUCUUCCUUGAUGACUUGGAUUCAAUAGCUAAAUCUCGAAAUGGUAGUUUUGGUGACGGUGGUGCUGUCGAUCGAGUUAUCAAUCAAAUUUUAACUGAAAUAGAUGGUAUGAGUGCAAAAAAGAAUGUUUUUAUUAUUGGUGCAACCAAUCGACCGGAUAUCAUCGAUUCAGCUUUUCUUCGACCUGGUCGUUUUGAUCAUUUAAUUUAUAUCCCAUUACCUGAUGAAAAAUCGCGUUUGGAUAUUCUUAAAAUCACUUUAAGAAAAUCACCGGUAGCCAAAGAUGUUGAUAUGCAACAUUUGAGUACUAUUACCAAUGGUUUUAGUGGUGCUGAUUUAACCGAAAUAUGUCAUCGUGCAUGUAAACUAGCUAUACGUGAAUUGAUUGAAAAAGAAAUUAAUGAAGGAAAAGAACAACAACGUAAUGGACAAACAGCAACAGAUUCGAAUGAACCAGAAGAUCUUGUACCCGAAAUUCGUCGCGAUCAUUUUGAAGAAGCACUGAAAUUCGCACGACGAUCAGUGAGUGAUAAUGAUAUACGUAAAUAUGAAAUGUUUACUCAAACAUUACAACAAUCACGAUAUUUUGGUACACAAUUUCGUUUUUCUGACCAACAAACAUUACAAGGAACUGAUAGAAGUGGUGGUUAUCGUGAAAAUUGUGAUGAUGACGACUUGUAUGACUAG